AUGACGUCCACCAAGGUCGAGAAAGAAGCACCAGCAACCCAUCCUCAAUUCUCCUUUGCGGACGCUGACGUUAUUCUCGUGUCUUCCGAAGACACCUGCUUUCGAGUACCCUCGUUCACAUUACGGAACACUUGCGGCUUCUUUCGCAACCUCUCUUCACCAUGCUCACCCCUGGAUGGAGAAAAAACACAGAUAUUCAACGUCGAUGAGAAGGACAAGGUGCUUGCCAAAGUGCUCAGCAUGAUCUGUGGCCUGUACACGGAGAACUGGGAGUCCAUUCAAGAAGUCGAGGACGCCCUUGCGCUGGUGCAGAAGUGGGACGCAGCGGGGCCGCUAUCUGUCAUUCGGAGUGCGAUAACGGCCCCGGUGUUCCUCGCGGAGCCUCUGCGGCUGUACGCCAUCGCGACGAAGUUUGGGUGGGACGAAGAAGCACAGCUCGCCUCCACGCGCACGCUCACUCUGGACCUGUACGACGAAGCCCACAAGCCCAACCUCGAGCGCCUUUCAGCACGCCACCUCAUGAUGCUGCUGCGCCUCCACAGAUCGCGACGGGAUGAAUUCAAACGACUCGUCGACGGUGACGGGGUGUUCGAAGCCGGGAAUUCCUCGCGAUAUCUCUGCUCAGGAUGCGGAGAGCCGCUGAACAACUACACAUGGCGGGAGCUCAAGGCGAGAAUGUUUAUGGAGAUGGAUCGGAGGCCGUUGGGAGAUUCGCUGUGUAGCCUGGAGAUGGAGGAAUGGCCUGAGGCUCUAGCAUGCUGGACAGCGAAAUGUCAAAAGAAUGAUUGUGGACGACCGAAUUACAACAAACUGGAGACCUUGCGCGAUAUUCGGGGCUGUAUUGAUAGGCUUCCUCUUCACAUCUGGUAG